AGGCGUUUACGACCUUUACGACCAUUUACGACCGCUUCUAACGGUACGCUAGAGGGAGCAUUUUCACAUUUGUUUCGGAGAUCGAAGUCGUAGCUCUGGACUGGCGCUUCAGAGUUGCUCUGCUGUUUCCGUUUCGCUCCUUAAGAAAAUUCUGUAAUGGAGCAGAAAUUGUCGGAGUUCAGAGCCCGUAAGAAAGCGGAAGCAGCAUCGAAAUGUGCAGGAGUGACGGGGGCCCGGCCGGAGACCGCAACGGAGCUGUCAGUGACAACGGGGACCCUUAACGAGGAAGAACAAACCGAAAGAAGCUCUUCGGCGACAGCGACAGCCGCUCGGGUGCCGAUGGACUGGCUGAUGCGCAGCACGUUGGGCCGCAGACUGGCCGUGACGAACGUGACCCUAUUAAAGCUGCUGCUCUGGCUCGUCCUGCUUGGACUCUUUUCUGAGCUCGACUUCGGCUUGCCCUUCUUCCUCAUCUCCCUUUUCUACUGGCUGUACGAGGGGCUUCGCAGCCCCGCGGCGCGCCAGCCCGGGGAGCUGAGCGCCUACUCCGUCUUCAACCCGGACUGCCAGCCUCUGCUGGGCGCCCUCACGGCUCAGCAGCUGGAAGGAGAGAUGGGUUACCGCCCGCUCGGCGACAGGUAGCCGUGGGAGGACGGCACCUGCCCUUCGCCUCAGACUCAGUUCCUCGAAGAUCUUCUUUUGGCCGAGAAUUCUAUUAGAGAAUUACAACUUGCUUAACAUGAGAUAUUUAUAUUGGUUUAUAUUCUGUAUACAAAGUGCAAAACAAAGUUAUAAAACAAGGAAAGGUGAGCAUUGUAUUUCAAAUUCUCCUGCAGUUAAGAAGACAUCUGUUAAGAAGCACUACAGCGUUUUUAUCUGUCUAUAUUUUUAUCUUACAUGUGAGUCAGAGAAACUGAUUGAUGCAGACGCCUUUACUGUAUUUCCCAGGAAAUGUGUCGGUUCAGUAGAAGAAGGUUCAUUGAGUCUGUAUUUUACAGAUUGACUUAUAAACAAAGUCCAGGUUACCCAGGGCGGCACCUGCUGGCAGAGGCUGGUUGUAAUCCACCUAAAAUCCAUAGCAAAUUUCACACACUGAACAUUGGUGGCGCUGUUGUCCCUCACAAUCCAAUAACUUGCGCCCUGUUAAGGACUGUCCUUCCCCGUCCCCAUUCCUGCUGCUGGCUGUGAUCGGCUUCUGGCGCCCUCACAGCUUUGUACUACAUACGCAUUCGGAAGGUGGAUGAACAGCCUAUUGUUAUCAUUUAACAAUUUCACACUAAAAAUGUAUUGUAUGUUUCUGUUCAUUCAUGAAGUAAAAUAGCCAUAUUAACAAGACUGGGUGACAUCAUAGUGAGGAAUGCUGCAAGAUGAGUGCAAGCAUCACUUGUUGUCACACAGCAGGGCGGCGCCAUGUCAUGCCCUGUUUUCAGGUGGUGGCCGGGUGCACAGACGCCCCCCAGCCAUGCAGGUUACAUCAGUGCACUGGGGCUUCUUGUAAAUGGUACAGAUUUAGAGAUUCUAGUCUUUGGGUACCACUGGUAGAACCCUGUCCAGGAACAGGCUGUACACAAAUACUCCUUCCUGGAUGUACAAAUUAGUGUCCUUAGUAGGAGCACCAGUGAAAACCUGGUCAGUAUUAAAUAAUUACGGUUAAAUAAUGGAUUUGGAUGGAACAUUCAGUGCUUUGUGUUCCUUGUCUAAAGUCCAGCUUUUUUGAUUUCUGGUAGGAAUCCUGCCCCGUCAAGUGGAAAGUGAAACAGCGGACACUGGUUAUGUGUGCAUAUAUUUGAAGAAUACAUAUUAACCUUUGAAAAACAAAUAAAGGUUGAAAAUUCCUGUGGAACUGUGGCAGUCCUUGCAGCAGCUCUGAAGCGAAAUCCCAGUGCAGGUGACUCCAGAGAGACAAUGUAGCAACUGGGCACAUCAGCAUCAUAUAUGUUGUGCGGAGCGGGGUUAGGCGUCAUUCCAAAGCGAAUUGAGAAUGGCCUUGAAAUUCCUGUUCAACUCAUGAAUCUGAAAUUUGGUUGACAACAGGAUAAUAAAUUCAUAUACAGUG